AUGCAGCUGUCAUACCGCUCAGGAAGGAGACACGUUCUGUCUCCUAAAGAUGCACGUACUUUGGUGCAAAUCAAUCCCAAAACAACAGCAAACGACCCUGUGAAGGUGCUGAAGGAAACAGACUCCAACCUCUUCACACUGGCCAAGACCAGAGAGCUGUGUAAGGACAUCAGGGAUAAAAUUGUAGACCUGUACAAGGCUGGGAUGAGCUACAGGACAGUAGGCAAGCAGCUUGGCGCGUCCACCCAGGACUCGGACGCUGUGGAGCCCGAAAAGCAGGUGGACAGCAACGUCAAGAUGGCUGGUGUCAUCGCAGGCAUCCUCAUGUUCGUCAUCAUCCUACUAGGAGUGGUUCUCACCUUUAAACGCAGAAGAAAUGCAUAUUCCUACUCUUAUUACCUGAAACUGGCCAAAAAACAGAAGGAGACAGCCAACAGCAGCACCCAGCGUGAGAUGGGGCCGGUGGGCACGGCUGACAAGAGCACCACCAAAGUCAGCACUCUGCACAAGGACGACCCUUUCUCCACCAGCAGCCAGGACCUCAAUGGUUUCACAUCCCCCUCUCCCUGCUCCUUCUCUGUGCAAGGCAAAACCCUGCAAAGCAAAUCCCUUUUGAAUUCCUACUACUCAGUGUCGAAGGAGGCUGUUGCAGUCCCUGCAACAGCAUCAAUCGACAGCAGCCAUAGUGAGUUGGCUCAGCCAUCGUUGACCAUCCAGACGUACCCAUACGGGGGCUGUGAGUCAGUAGAGAUGUCCUACCAAGCAGGCCAGUUCCAGCCAGCCAUCCGUGUAGCCGACCUCCUCCAGCACAUCACCCAGAUGAAGUGUGGCCAGGGCUACGGCUUCAAGGAAGAGUAUGAGGGUCUGACGGAAGGACAGGCGGCCCCAUGGGAGACUGCCAAGAAGGAUGAGAACCGCAACAAGAACCGAUAUGGCAACAUCAUCGCUUAUGACCACACUCGUGUCAGACUGCAACUGCUAGAUGGAGACCCCCACUCGGACUACAUGAAUGCCAACUACAUAGACGGGUAUCAUAGACCAAGACAUUACAUCGCCACACAAGGCCCCAUGCAGGAGACUGUGAGAGAUUUCUGGAGGAUGAUCUGGCAAGAGAAUUCUGGCAGUAUCGUCAUGGUUACGAACCUGGUGGAAGUGGGCAGGGUGAAGUGCGUGAGGUACUGGCCUGACGAGACUGAUGUGUACGGAGAUAUCAAGGUGACACUGAUCGAGACAGAGCCACUGGCCGAGUACGUCAUUCGCACCUUCACAGUCCAGAAGAAGGGACACCAUGAGAUUCGGGAGAUCCGUCAAUUCCACUUCACUAGCUGGCCUGACCACGGUGUGCCCUGCUACGCCACCGGCCUCCUAGGCUUCGUCCGCCAGGUCAAGUUCCUCAACCCUCCCGAUGCCGGCCCCAUCGUGGCCCACUGCAGUGCUGGGGCUGGAAGGACAGGCUGUUUCAUAGCUGUGGACAUUAUGCUGGAUAUGGCCGAGAACGAGGGUGUGGUGGACAUCUUCAACUGCAUCCGCGAACUGCGCUCACAAAGGGUUAACAUGGUGCAAACCGAGGAGCAGUAUGUCUUUGUCCACGAUGCCAUCCUGGAAGCCUGCUUGUGUGGAAACACAGCCAUCCCAGUCUGUGAAUUCAGAGCCAUAUACUACAACAUUAUCAGACUGGACCCACAGACCAACUCUAGCCAAAUUAAGGACGAGUUUCAGACUCUGAACAUCGUGACUCCCCGGGUUCGGCCUGAAGACUGUAGCGUGGGACUGCUCCCCCGGAACCACGACAAGAACCGCAGCAUGGACGUCCUGUCUGUGGAUCGCUGCCUGCCUUUCCUCAUCUCUGUUGAUGGAGAGUCCAGUAACUACAUCAACGCUGCCCUCAUGGAUAGCCAUAAACAGCCAGCAGCCUUCAUCGUAACCCAGCACCCGCUGCCCAACACGGCCGCCGACUUCUGGAGGCUGGUCUUCGACUACAACUGCUCCUCGAUAGUCAUGCUCAACGAGAUGGAUGCAGCGCAGCUUUGCAUGCAGUACUGGCCCGAGAAGAGCUCCUGCUGCUACGGCCCCGUCCAGGUGGAGUUCAUCUCAGCCGACAUCGAUGAAGACAUCAUCAAUCGCAUCUUCAGGAUCUGCAACAUGGCCAGGCCCCAGGAUGGCUACCGUUUGGUGCAGCAUUUCCAGUUCAUCGGCUGGCCGGCCUAUCGGGACACGCCCCUGUCCAAGCGCUCCAUCUUGCAGCUGGUGAGACGUCUGGCCAAGUGGCAGGAGCAGUACGACGGGGGAGACGGACGCACCGUGGUCCACUGCCUGAUGGGUGGUGGACGUAGCGGUACCUUCUGUGCCAUCUGCAGCAUCAGUGAGAUGAUCCAGCAACAGAACAUUGUAGAUGUGUUCCACACCGUCAAGACCCUGAGGAACAACAAAUCCAACAUGGUGGAGACUAUGGAACAGUACAAGUUCUGCUAUGAAGUUGCUCUGGAGGCCCUUAGCUCAUUCUGAGAGAGCAACGUUGCCUCUCGUGUCUGUGGGACACAGUGCUGACACUGCAGACACCAACCCAUAUGAGGCAGUGGAUGUGUGUGUGACCACACACAUGUGAAACUCUAUAAUGAAGAAAAAAACACCCUCCACACUGGGGUUAUGUGUGCGCUUUUGCAAGACUGGGACCCCUUUCGCUUGUAUAAUGAAAAAAUGGAAUGAAAACCUUUAAACACAGCUUUCCUUCUCUUUCUUCAAUGUCCAUCUUGGACUGUGAUGUGAUCUUGUACAGUAAUUUCCUUUUUAGAUAUAUGCCUUGAAUUUUAUUCCCUCAGUGUAAAAAUACAAACCAAGAAAAUAAACUGACAUGGCUUCAGCUGAUGGGGAUAAAAAAAAACACACACACAAAAACAACACAAUCAGAUUAACAAACAGAACCGAUACAGACGAAGACAAAUGCAAGAUGCGAAGAUUUGAACUCUACCUGGCUUUGCACCUCUUUUUAAAGAAUAUUAAUAACGACUGUAUUAUAUAUUUCCCCCUUGUUUUAACAGACACAAAAUGGCAGAUAUUUUUUGUAAUUCUUUGGAUUUUGUGGUUCCUGCAACUCCUUUACAUCCAUGUGCACACACUGGUUUUCUCACAUUCGCAAAGUGACAUUUUUCUUUUGGUAUUGUGGCAUGUUCUCAUCCUCUUGUCCCAUGGCUCUUGUGCUGUGCAGACAAUCAUGAAUUAUUCUGGGCCCGGUUUUCAAAAGCAUCUUAAGGCUAAGAUGUGUUUGGGAAUCCGGGCCCUGGUUUGGUGCAUUGAAAAUGAGAGAAGAGUCAGUCAACACUUGAGCAUUCUAUGCUGGCUCUACACAGUAUUCAUCAAAACUUAUUUUACAUUCAUCGGUUUUGGCAUUUCCACUGUAUUUUGCACUACUUUACCUUCAAUCCCAUUUUAAAAUGGUGUCAUGUAGGGGAGACUAGGGGCAAUCGUAACAGGGAGCAAUUGUAACACGUUGCAUUUCUCCAAACAGAAACAAGCUGGAGUGAUGAAACACACACAGUACAUUUAGGUUAUGUCUGAAAAGUUACAGCCAGAUAUCUCACUAUAUUCACUUUUAAUGGGCAAAUGUUUGUUUUUCAGGGAUGAAAGUAGUUUUUUCCACCGGUUGUAUUUUUAUAAUACUGCAUUAGCAUUAGUGUCCAAUAAUUCAAACUAUCAUAAUUUUCAUCACUAUAUGUGGACUAAACAUUGACAUGAAUGAAAUGUCACUAUUGUUGUCUCUUCUUAGGCACAUGACGUUUUGUCAUGGCUGCUGGGUUGGGGGCAAUUGCCAAUUGUAAUUCAGUGUUAAAAUGACCCUGAGCCAAGCAGCCAAAUUAUGAUAACGAGUGAUUUUAACUUUAAGAUUGUAUGAUUUAUACAAAUAACUUUAAAUAGCCGUGGUGUCCUGCAAGAGUGCCACAGCAAUUAUAAGAAGAUAUAAUCUGGAAACCAUCAUAUUAUUCAGAUAUUUUGAGAGGAACCAAAUGGCCAUGCACAAACAUGGGUGUUACUGUAAUUAUUGUUUACAUACAAAACAAUAUUCAUAUUUAUUGAAAAAUCAUUAUUUACGUCUAUGAUAAUAUGAUAACUUAAAAAACAUUCAUGUUUAUGAAUUAAGUUAAUUUAUUUUGUUUAUUUUUUAGGUGUUACAUUUGACCCCAGCUACUGUUACAAUUUCCCUUGACACAGGGCACAUGUAAUAUCCGGACCUUUUUGGAUUACAAUCAAUAUUGUGAUCUGACGGUCAUUAUGUACAGACAUAUACAUGGUAUGAAUGAAAAAUUAUUGGCCUAGUUCGAGUGGUCUCUGAGCAAAAGAGUAAAAUGCAAACAUUUUUACAAUUGCCCCAGUCUCCCCUAAUUUGGUCGACAGUGCCAUACUCACGUCUUUAAACAUAUACAAUUUUAACGGAAUUGUGUAGAAACAUAUCAGCCUAGGGAUAGAGUGGGAUAACAUUCUAUUAAUGUGCACCUCAAGCUUGUCACGCACUGUAGCAGCCCCCACCCUACUGUUUCCCAGUCUCUGGAUUUGGAUAAGGAGACUUUGUUUUUCAUCCCUGUCCAUUCUGCGCUCAUAUUCAAGUAGAGAGCUCCAGUCGACAAUGCUGCUUUUGAAGGCAGCGUUUGCAGCAUUUGCAGAAAUCUUAUUCAAGGCAAAUGCUGCAAAUGGCUCAAUUGGAAACUACCUUUAAAUGUCAAGCUUGCUAUAGAGAGUUUUGGAUUGAAUCCCGGCCUGGGAUUUUUGCACGGGUUUUAUGUCCAUUGAACAGUUGUAGUACAGUAUUGUACAGGGCUUUGUCAGAAGAAUGUUUUGCUGAACAUGGACAGUCACUUACAGUAUGAGGUGUAGAAGAAGUAUUGUGUCAACACACAGCAUAGUUGUAUUAUUAACAUGCAGCCGUUUGGUGACGGGAACACAGAGAAACAGUGUUGGAAUUCUAAUGAAGAGAGGUUAAUGUCAAUGUAGUUUGUUUUGCUUUUCAUAUUUCCACUGUCUAUAUUAUAUUUCGUUUUCCUCGUUUUUUUCUCUUGAAUUUGUUUUAAAAAAUGUUGUCUAGCAAAGUGAUAUUUAGAUCUGGUGAUGAAAUUGCCAUGGUUGUUUUGUUGUUUAAAAAUGUGGUUACAUCAAAUAAAGGGACCAAAAUGUUGAACAAA